AUGCAUCGUGACGGUGAGCAUGUGCCCCAGCACAGCAGCUGGCGACAUCGUCUGCUCGCGCUUUCAUUCGCUGCGAUUUCGGUAUGCAAAGGGGGGGCCACGACCCCGUCGACAGCCUCUGAGUCCGAGACACUAGAGACGCAGCACGUCUCGUGUCUCGCGUCGCCGCCGACUCAGGUGACGUUCACGCAAAGUGCGUCGUCCGCGAGCGCAGCGUAUGUCAUCGACCAGGACUGUACGAUCUGGACCAUCCACGCAAACAAACAGAGCGACGGGAGUCAGUCGAUGGACGCGUCGGGGCAGCACAUUGCCAUUGUCAAGAGUUUUCCCAACGUCGAUUCGUUGGAUCUAUCGGAUAACAACAUUGUUGCCAUUGAAGGCGCACACGUUAGCAGCAUCACUGCGCUGGACUUAUCCCACAACGGCAUUCAAAGCCUAGUCAAUAUUACAAUACCUAGCAGUGUCUCCGUUCUGAACUUGAACAGCAACAAGGUCUCUACUCUGCCGGCAGGCGACCUCGUCGACACUGUGACGUCAUUAUCGAUUCGAAACAACAGCAUCACGUCUUUGCAAAAUUUCGUGGUGGGAAAGAAGACAGAGGACAUUGACUUGAGCGACAACAUUAUACCAUUUCUUGCCAGCUGGAAAAUGCCGAGCAACCUACAGUCUUUUAAAUGCCAUAAUUGCGGGAUCAAGUCUAUCGCGGGUAUGAUCUUUCCGGCGACCAGGUCACUUUCGACGUUAGAUUUGACGGGCAGCAACAUUGAGUCGUUUGAAGUUGCCAAGUCAAGUGUACGUGUGCUCGAGGCUGUGGAGAAUCUCGUCGUUACAACCGUCGACUCCAACUGCAGUGACAGCCACGCUCUGGCGCAAGUUAUUCGCUCGAUGAAGUUGUGCGUGCUGCCAGACGAGUACUUUAACGCCAAGCAUACGCUAAGCGGAACUGAUACAAUCGAUGAAUUCAACUCUUUCACUCGAAGAACAAAUGCCGACGGGGACUCGUUCCUGAGCAACUGGAUGAUGCUGGCCAUGAUAUGCUUCGGCGCAAUGAUGGCCUGUAUCGUCGGCGGCAUUGUCUUCGUCGUCUUUCGUCGCAAGCAAAAAGCUCGGGAUGAAGAAUUGAUAGAGGCUGAGGAGCUAGAGCUUGACGUGCAGGCGUUGACGGCGAAGGCGACCACGUACGUGCACACUUACACGACGGAUAUGUCACAAUCAGGCCGAAAAGAUUCGGCGCCUAGGAGAUUGCUGAACAACUCGACAUUCAACUUGGGGAUAGGUGAUAUUCGCGUGGAAGACGAUAUCCUGCAACGCAGGUUACUGCAGGAAGAAGUCGUACGCGGGCGGUUGAUUGCGAAGGGCGGUUACGGCGCUGUCUACCUGGCCACGUUCCAGAACGAGAAGGUGGUUGCGAAGCAAUUGCUGCCUGAUCGAGCUCGUGACAAUCGCUGGUUAAAUAGUUUUAUGGAUGAGAUUCGCUUGUGCUCGACGCUGGACCACCCCAAGAUCGUGCGCUUUAUUGGCGUCACAUGGAGCUCUUUGCUGGACAUUAGCAUGAUAAUGGAGUACAUGCCUCGUGGCGAUCUGAGCUCCAUGUUGCAAGCGCAAUUGCAACGCGAGACUCACGACGAGUACGCCCGAGGUGGCUACACUUGGUUCCACUCUGUCGGAGAAGGCGGGAAAGUCCGGUGCAAGUCACGCAUUGCGCUUGAUAUUGCCGAGGCCCUCGUCUACUUGCACUCGUUCGAGAGCCCUAUCAUCCAUCGUGACCUGAAGCCGAAGAACGUGCUGCUUGACGAGUCGUGGGAAGCAAAGUUGACGGACUUUGGCACCAGUCGGACACUGGACGAAGACCAGACGAUGACUGCCGAGAUUGGCACGGUCUCGUGGAUUGCGCCAGAGGUGCUGCGCGGCGAGCAGUAUUCCGAAAAAGCCGACGUGUACUCGGUUGGCGUCAUUUUGACAGAGCUCGAUACGUGUCGUCGACCCUAUUCGCACGGCGUCCCGAGCGAGAGCAACCAGGAGGGUGCUGCAGGCAAGACCAAGACGUCGAACACUCGAAUCGCAGUGUUGGUCAGUGCCGGUUCUCUAAGACCCGAGGUGCACCCUGACUGUCCACUAAGUGUGCGCCGCUUGGUGGACAAGUGCCUGGCGUACGAUCCAGAAGAGCGUCCAUCGGCAUUGCAGAUCCACUUUGAGCUGCGCAACUUGGAACGUGAAGAGGAGAGGCUGCGGGCGUCUUUGCGGCAUCGGACGCAGGUUUAG